AUGCCCAACAAGGUCGCCCCAUCAGGCCGUCGACGCAUCGUCAUCCUCUCGAUCACUGCCUUCGUAUUCACUAUCCUGAUCGCAAGCCUUGCCGGCCAUGGACGACUUGUUCACAGUCAUUCGCCAUUCCCAAAGCCUUUCUAUCAAAAUCUCUACCCAUUGGGGUGGGCGAAGACAGUCGACGAGGCCAGGACGGACCGAAUUGCCAUCGUCAUGAUUGAUACCAGGUCACCGUCGAUGCCACAGGAUUCGAAGGAAGAAAUGUCAUUCUGGACCAUCUCGAUCUUACAUAACUAUCUCUACGCCAAAACCCUUGGUGUACCCUUCAUUUUGUACAAUCUGGACCCUCUCAUGGAAGAAGACGGCGUGACAACUCAGCUGGACGAUACUGAAGGCGAGGUGCGAUUACCAGCUUAUUGCGAGCAUCCGCAAUACGGGUUCCGCAUGGUGGCUUUCUGCAAACUGCUCGUCGUCUGGAAUGUUUGGCGGCAGAAUCCGCAGAUCGAGAAUCUGGUUGUCAUAGGUGGGACUGAAGACUCGAUAACACCUUGCCGCUUACCAGACUCGGACGCCGUCUUCAAAUCCCCUCAUAAUCACGUCCAAUCUCAUCUAGACUACCUGUCGCGACGCUGUCCGGUCGGAUUUCUCAGGGAUCUUCCUUAUGACGAAGAAGGUCCAUGCGCAGGCUAUUGGUUUGCGAGCCGGGGAGUCGCCGCUUUACCUCAUUCAGGAGAUAGCUUAGGCAACGAGACUGGGGUCGAGUUCUUGGAAGAUUGGUGGAAUAUGAAUUGGGCCGAGACGGACUACAGAUAUGAUCGGGAGCAAGGCUUGUUGAAGAAGAUGGUGCGGGAUCGUCAGGGCUCUGAUCAAGUCAACGCAGUUGUACUGAGCGACGAAUGGCAAUUCGAAGACCGCUCCCCCAGCCAGAUGGUCGUUCACGUCAACCACCUCCAAGAAGGCCAGCAAUCCCACCUGCUGGCAAAGUACUUUUCUUGGCCCGACUACAAUCUGACCGAUCGGCGCGGACUGCAGGACUUGUUGGACGAGAUCGAAGUCGGGAAGGUCGACCUGGGACCGGUAGCGGAAGCCGUAGAAGAGGCGUCGCAGAGGCGAAAGGCGUCCUCAUGGUGA